GCGGCAGCAGCAUGGUGAACACCCGGCGGGCGGCGGCGCGGCGCCGGGAGCCCGGGCCGCGAGCAGGCGGCAGCAGCCCCGGCGAUGGUGAUGGCGAUGGCGAUCCGGCCGGUGCUGCGGAGGUGGGAUCUGAGGAAGUUAGUACUCCUGUGGCUAGGAGGAUGACCAGAAGAACUAAAUCAGCUCGUAAGCCAGAGGUGAUUCAGGAAUGUCAGUUUGAAGAGUUGGAACAUGCAGAAAUGAAAUCAGAUGUCAGUGAUAGCUCAGAGAUGCAGAUCACUAGGAAUGAGAACACAGCUGUCCCAUCAGCACGAUCAGUUGCUGAACCACAAGUUGAUGGUGAUGUGUCAGAAGCGGAAUCAAACUGCUCUUCUGUGUCUGGUCUACAGACACCUUUGUUUGUAAGAGUAACACGGAGGCGACAGAUUGUAAUUCCUUAUCAGCCAGAUUCUGCUGACAAAAAACAUGACAGUACAGCUUUUGUAAAUAAGUUAAGUAGGAUUCAGGAUGAAGACGAUGUCUCUGAAGCUGAGUCUUGUUCCUCUGCUGUUUCUGGUGUCCAGAUGCUUAAUGUUCCCACAAGUACAAGGAGCAGACAAAGUAAAAAGAAAUUGCAGCCACACAGAGUUCCUGAAACCCAGAGUGAAAAUACUUCUGAUGCAGAAUCAUGUUGCCCGAGUUCUCUUGUGGAACCAUGUGCCACUCCAAAACGAAUUACUCGGAGCAUGCAAAUGAAAUCACAAGCAGAAAAUACUAAGCAGACCGAGAAAAAAAAUAGAUUUGUUUCAGAAGAUGAGAAUUUAAUUGAGGACACUGUUAAAUCUGAUCCCAUCAUAAUUUCUGAUUCUAGGCCUACUGCAGAACUUGUUGAUGACAUGGAAAAUGCUUCCACCCUCAUUGAUGGUAAUAAAGAACCCAGUUCACCUAAAAGCAAAUGUGCUAAUGCAACCUGGAGUGAAGAUGCAAAAGAAGAGAUUUUAAAUGAUGUGGCAUCCAGUCCUAGAAAAACAAAACAAAGUGACACUAAAUCACCUGUGAAAAAACCAAAAAAACAUACACAGUCUGUUGAGACAGACCAUUCAGAUGCAAUAUCUGGCCAAAUACAAGAAGAUCGCUGUAAAAUACUUGCAAGGAAGGGGAAAUUAGAGCAUGUGUCUGUUUCUUUGACUGACUGCAUGAGUCCCAAACAAUUCCUAGAAUCCCAAGGACAAGUAACACCAAAUGAAAAUAAAAAAAUUACAGAAUGUGAAAGAGCAGAUGCUGAGGCAGGUGCACAGCAGUCUUUCUCGUGUGAUGAUAAAUUAAGGAAGAGUAAGCAAGCAAGUGUAGUGAGCAGCCCAUCAGUGGACAUGGCUGUUGCCCAGACAACUGAAAGCAUUGGUAAGAGCAGGAUGCUUAAAAUUGGUGCAGACAGUGAUGACAACCAAACAGAAGAAUAUGAGGUAUCCCACAGCAGUGAAAAACCAAGCAGUGAUAAUAACUCUCUUGCAUUGUUUCUCAGCAACAGUGAAAGUGAUGACUCUGAAAAUAGUGAUGUGGCAGACAUAGAUACAGUUGAUGAGAAUCUGUGUUAUAAAAAGUCAGAUGAGAAAACUCCUUCCUUCAAAAAAUCUUUAAAAAGUGGUUCACUCCACGUUGAAGGUCUUUUUGUAAUUGAUACUGAGCCUGGCAUGAGUUCCAGCCAAAACUACUAUCUGGAUGAUGUAGACAAAGACAGUGAUGCUAAAAGUAAGCAUGAAGUAGGUGAAAAAGAUAAAGAAUCAGACUUGGAAGAGGAUGAAGAGGAGUUGAUAGAUGAAGAUGAAAAAGAUGAAGAUGAUGAUCUGUUGAAAAAUAAGGUUGAUGUUUUACAUCUUUCCAGUAGUAUAGACCCUGGCUUGAAUAUCAAGAAGCUUGGAGGUUUAUAUAUCAGUUUUGAUGCAAAAAAUCAGAAGCCUAAAUUGAGUGCAAUUGAACCACAAAAGAAGAAGAAGGACCAGCUCUUGCAGAAGAGUGUAAUAACUCCAGACUUUGAAAGAAAGGAAUGUGUCCCACCCUACAGGGAGUCACUUCACCAGCUAAAAAAACAGCGCAGGGCAGAGCGAGAGAAAACAACGGGUGAUGGCUGGUUUGGUAUGAAAGCCCCAGAAAUCACAAGUGAACUGAAAAAUGAUCUGAAAGUUUUGAAGAUGAGAGCUUCAUUGGACCCUAAGCAUUUCUAUAAGAAGAAUGACAGAGAUGGUCUCCCCAAGUACUUCCAGGUUGGAACUGUAGUUGAUUCUCCCAUAGACUUUUACCACAGUCGAAUCCCUAAGAAACAGAGGAAGAGAACAAUUGUGGAGGAGCUGCUUGCAGAUUCAGAGUUCAGAAGAUAUAAUAAAAAGAAGUAUCAGGAGAUCAUGAGUGAAAAAGCAGCUUUUGCAGCAGGGAAGAGGAAUCGGAAGAAGAAGAAAUUUCACAAUUAAGAAUUGAAGAAAAAUACCAAGCUGGAACAACUUGUUUGUUAUAAAACUUUCUUACAGAAUGCUUUGGUUGUGGUGUUUUGUUUGGUUUCUUUUAAGAUUGCAGGUGAUGUGCAAAUUGAGGUUUAGGGAAAUUUUUGCUGUGAGAAUAAAGCUAGGAAACUUUAGCAAAUUAUCAGGUAUCUCAAUUUAAAUUUAUUUAGAUUUUUAAAUUGCUAUUUAUUUUAAUUAAUAUUUAUGUAAAGAGAUAAUGAUAUGAAAGCAUAUAUUAAAUCUGAGUAAAAAAUUCAGCUUCAUAGAUUGUGGUCUUCUCAGACUUCAGACUUCACAACAAUUAAUUAGUAAAUUCAGUUUAAAGUUAUAUGUGUAAUUCAUCUGGGCACAUAUUGUGUGCUAGAUUAUAUUUUUCCCUGACUUGUCAGAGGUGCUGCUGGCCAAAACUGUAAUGGAAAGUAUUGAAAAAUGGUUUGGUUGUGAAGGUUUUAUUUCAACACUGACCAUAAUGGUAUAGAGAAUGUCCUGGAAUUCAGUGCCUACACAAAUACUUUU